GAUACCGAAGUAUUCAAAGUAUUUCCUCCUAUAUCGCAUCCACCGAUGAAUCACUUUCGGCUCGGUCGCGAUCCGGCCGUACCCCGCGGGUCAGCGCGUUUCCCGUCUUUCCGACCCGGGCGAUGGUCCGUUGAAGUCAUCGGCGAUUAGUGGUGUGCCAUGUUAGCCGCGAAGGUCGCGCUCCCGCUCGCCGUGCUCUUCCUCGCGAGCCCCGCGUCGCUGGCGAGCUGUCAUUCCCGUGUCUCGCGCGCGCCCCGGUCGGGCCAGGAGCGCCAGGAGGAGCAGGAUCCGUACUUCGAGCAGUGCCGCGUCGUGGCCGCGUGGAAGGAGCAUCUCGGCUAUGUGAGCGUGCUGGCCUUCCUGGACCCGGCGUGGCGGUACAGCUUCCGGCAGGCGGUCAUGCUGGAGCUGCUGAGCUCGCGCUUCCGGAAGUCCGGCUUCCCGGACAUACGGUUCUUCGCGAUAAGCCCGGCCUCCGAUUCCUCGGCGGAGAACGAGAGGAGCGAGGAGGAUCUCGACGAGAUCGAGGCGUGGCGGGCGAUUGGAGCGAAGCACGAGGACAGCCUCGCGGGGCAUGACUUUCUCAGGAGCAAUGGAUCGGAGAUUAUCCUUUUGCAGGACGAUCCGCAGUCUCGUAUGUGGGAGAGGUUCCGCGCGUCGAGGGACCAAGUGGUCGUCAUCGAUCGAUGCGGGAAGUUGGCGUACCACGUGCUAGUGCCGUGGAGUAUCCUGUACUAUCCUUACGUGAAGGCGGCUAUAUUGUCCACGCACGAGGAGGACCCGUGCGGCGGAUGUGACCCCGGUGUCUAUCGAGUACCGAGUCCCGAGGAGCAGGUCGUGAAAUUAAGGAAGGUAACCGACGAGGAAGAUGCGAACUCGACGCAGAAUAAGACCGAAGCUAACGUCGAGGCAACGUGGACCACCGGGAGUCUGGAGAACGCCACCCUACGCCAAGAUUCGUCGUCGGAAGAGGAGCGCGAGGCGAGCAGCGUAUCCUCCAGCCUCCCCGAGGAAAUCACGAACGACGCCGGUCUAAUUGUCUCGACAGAAUCGCCGACGGAGUCCACGACUUAUCGAUACAAUAACAGCGCGACUGAGUCCCGAUUCGACAAGGAUCGUCCGGACGCGGAAGGUACGCCGGAUCAAGAAGACCCGACGAAUUCAUGGAGCGGUGGUACUUCCACCUCCAGCGAAACCGCCACGACCUUUGAGCUGCAGCGGGAUGUAUAUUCCACGGAGCAGGCGGGAUCUUCGCUGGCGGACAAUUCGCCCACUCCAGCUACCCUGCAGGGUAAUCACGGGGAUCGCACCUUAUCGCUGGACGAACAGGCGACCGAUGAAGCCGAGAGCGAUUCGACGCCCGCGGACGGAGAGACGACGUCGACGACGGAUCUCGCGGACGAGGUUCGAGAUAGGAACACGACACCGGAGAACACCGAGAGUUUCGGGGAGGACGCUUUACCAUUACGCAUAAUUAUGUACGCGCCGCACUUACAUAAAAACAGCAGGAAGACGAGGAAGUACACGCACUUGGUCCUGAAGACUGGCGAUCCCGGCUUUCACGGGCAUCUCGACUUUGAAGUCGACGUAGCAUCAACGACGGAUUCGUGGCCGGAAGCAGAUUCUCGUGUAACAAGCUCCGAAGAAUACGAUUGGGAGACGACGAAGACGGGCGCGGAUGAAGAGAAUGUUAAUCAGAAGUACACGUUCGACAAAGACGAGAAACCGGGACUCUACGGCGAAGUGUUGGAUUAUUGGAGGAGCUACGAAGAUAACGAUAUCACUGACAGAAAUGAAACGAUUAACGAUACGUACUCCAACUCAACGACCAACAAUAACGAGGAGCAUCGUACUAAUAUCGAUCAAACGAGUUUCUCGAAGCCAGAAGAGAGCCACUCUGAGAGUUCCACCGAUCCGCAGAAUAUUGGUUCAAGUACAAUUGAGUCCUCCAGGCCGAUCAACACGAAUAAUCAGGCCGAUAAGGAGGAGAUGCAAGACAAAUUAAUUGAACAUUACAGUAAACUCUUUUCUUGGAUGGAGUAUAAGUUAAGCAAAUAAACUCACGCAUUUUUUUAAAACAG